AUGACGCAAUCACGUGCACGGAAGAAAAGCGCUUUGGCCACGCCUCCUGAAAACAUCUGCGAGAGACAAGUUUUAUAUGAUGGGCUUUGUCCCAUAUGUGUGACAGAGAUCCGGUUUCUCCAGUUUCUGCAGAGGAAAGAACCUGGCAAAGUGGAUUUCAUUGAUAUAUCUCUCCCAGGAUAUGAUGGGGCAAACCACAAUGGCAUCAGCUACGAGAUGGCGAUGGAGGAAAUGCAUGUUAUAGAUGAGAAAAAUAUGGUUCACCGUGGUGUUCCUGCCUUCUAUGUCAUGUAUUCUGCAGUGGGACUUGGGUGGUUAGGGCGCCUCCUCAUGUGGCCUCCUAUAAGACCUUUAAUGGAUAAAUCUUAUGACAUAUUUGCCAGAAACCGCCUAAAAUGGACAGGGCGUGGAGGUGAAUGCACCACUGGACGCUGUGAAAAGAAACCAAACUGAGCUGAAAACUUUCGCUAGGUACUUGAUUGUGGGCUUUACUAUGCACUUCAUGAACACUGCAAUGCAAGUUUAAAAUGUGGUUCGAUUCACACAUUGUUUUUUGUUAAAGCGUUAUGCUUAAAAUAUUACUAUAAAAACAGCUUCAAGAAAUGUAAGUAUGUAGUAAUUGAGAAGUCAAAAUUAUCGAAAAUCAGAUGCUAAUCGGUACUAAAACUACUAUAUAUAAUUCACAUAACAGAAAUGAACCUUUUGUGAAUAGCUUUGGAAGCCAUGUGGCAUAAAACCAUAGGGACUAGUAUAUGCCACGGACCACUCUGGAUCCAUCCUGAAUGGCUGAUUACAAAGAUUUAAGACUACAUGGUAAUAUAAAAGAAAGUACUAUUAUUUAAUGUGGAAAAUUACAUUCUAUUUUCUAAAUAAAGACAGCUUUUUAUUAUCA